AUUAUGUUCUAUUUUAGACUAGUUAAAUAAUGUUUGCUACUUUUAUAUAUAUAUUAUCCAUUGCCCUUUAUAUUAAAGCAGCAGAAGUUUACCUCACUGUCAAAACUGAAGCAAACACGGUUUGCUCGGAUAGUUCCAGUGUGAUGCUCGUUUGUGAAGGAGUGGAUCUCGAAGUAUUACGGUGGAGUUACAGUAGUCCCAACUCUACUAAAGAUAUGGAUUUGAAGUCGUUCCUUGCAGAUGAUUCUCCAGAACAUUAUAGCAUUGAUAACAAUCCUGCUUUCUUGACUGUUCAAUUGAUCGCUGUUUCUCGUUACCCUGAUUCAAAUGAUUCCGCAAAUUUUUCCUCUAUUCUCACCUUUGAUCUGUUGGAGCUAGAUAAUCAAGGCAUUACUAGCAUAACAUGUGGUUAUGUUAGUACCUUUGAAGAAAAACAGGUAACUGAUAUAAUAAUGGAUCUUGUCAACACGAAGAUCACUGCCAAUUACCAUAUUGGGGCUCUGACUAGCAUAGACGUACAACUGAGGAAUUUACUGACGUGCUCUUCAAUUAUCAUGUACACACUAAUAAUCAGUGGACUAGAAGAGGUCAAAACUAUGAGGAAUUGUGUCGGUCCAUUCUGUGAAGCCAGAUUUUCCUCCAUAAGAAUCUCUACGAAAGAAUACACUGAGUUAACUUUGCUUACUACUAUCACUGGAAAUAAAAUAAUAUCCCGCACAUUUCCAAUAGGUCUCAGAAGUGACAACUACAUUUUUACUCAAGUUAAUUCAACUAACUGUGUCUACUCGGUUGGUUGUACAGUCAUACAAGAAGAUUCUACAUGCUCUAUACAACAUACAGUCCCUAGUGAGCAGCCUAUAAAUGGCAUGGAAAUGCUAAAAAUUCCACAUUCAAUUCCUGGUACUGUUCAUAAAUUUAAGUUUUCAGCGAUGGAAAAUAGAAAUUUCCAUAUCAGAGACAAUACCUCAUUUACAGAUGAAAUUCUUUUUGGUUUAAGGUCAACUGCUAUUCUUAGCACAACUUCACUGUACCUUAUCUUUAUGGUCAUUCACUUCUUACUACUACUUAUAGGAGCUUUUUGUAAGGUGAAGGUGUUGGUCUAUAGAAAGAAAUCUCUUGUUGUUUCUAUGGUGAUUCUACUCGUACUGCUUGUCAUUUGCAUUUCUUCAUUAUUUGCCUUUGGGAUCAUUUCGUAUGGUACACAAUGCAGUCAGGUUAGGAUGACACUUCACGACAGUAUGCUUGAUACAAUGUUGGUCAUUUCAUGUUUGGGAAUAACAAUUUUGAUUACUAUUUGGAGCUUUAUCGGAUACGGAGUGUAUAAAAAUCGCAAAUUCACAUUGCGAUCAGAUAUUAGGAACACUGAGCCCAACCAUGAUCUUAAGGACGCCUAUUGCGAAACACAACACAAGAAUGUGCAUCUCCGUCAGACGGCAGCCAACUCUUCAAGUGAAGUUCCUGGGGUGAAUAUGAGAUCUAGAGAUGGUCAAAAGAAAAGUCAGUAUAAUAUGCUGGAGCGCCCAUUGACAACUAGAUUUUCACAUAGUUGCGAUGUACGGAAUGAUUGUUAUUCGACCGUUAAUGAGGGAACAUUGAUAGAGCUGAAGUUAAGAGAUGCUCCCUACAAACACGAAUCAAGAUCUGUGCCAAACCUGACAGAUCCCAGUUACACUCAUAUUGCAAAGAGAAAUUCACAGUCAAUUUCAACUGUACCUGAUGUUGUUUUCAGAAGUAAAAGUGAAAACACGAGGGAUAAUUAUGAUGUUCUUAGUCAGCAGAGCAUUAACUUUCAAGAUGCAACAAAUGGCAGCAGGUUUCACUCCUGUUAUGAAGACAUCAGUGAGGCAUCCAUUGAGCCUCUUGGAGCUGGACUCUACCUACAUCUGUACCAUGGUGAGAAGUCAAAGCCAGUGCCCAGUAUGGACGAUCCUACCUACUCACAUGGGCAUAUCGAACCUGAAGUAGAAGAGCCGCAAGUGAAACCUAAAAGGUUUUCCUUGAAGAAGACUGGACAAUGCAUGAACUAAACAGCAGCUUACAGUAUAGCUAGUGUGUGUUGGUACUAACAUUUUACUUGCUUAUAAUUAUUGAGUGUGACUAUAGCUAGCUGAGACCAGUUUCUGGAGUGAUGUAUGUGGUGAAUAUACCCUUAUGAUG